CGCCUCUUCCUCCUGAAAGGAUUCCGGAGUCCAUAGAAUUUCAAGAAGCUCUCUUCCUCUUCUUCGUCUUCCGCACACAGAUCAAACACACGCACACACUCUCACACACCCACCGAGAUACUGAGCAACGAUUCUUGCCCUAGAGCUCAAGAAUUAAACCCGGGAAUCGCGUCGUCGAAUCGCAGAAGAAGUUUGAUUAGUUAAGCCGACGGAAAGUCUCUCUUCGAUUCGGAGGUUGAAUCUUAUCAUCGCUCAUGAUGCCGGAUAUAGUCGAAAGAGGUAGCGUCAGUGAGAUGGCUUCUCAGCAAUAUGGUCCUGUCAGGAAGAGGAGAACUCGGAGCAGGCAUGAUGGGUCUGUGGCCGAGACACUGGCCAAGUGGAAGCAAUACAACGAGCAGCUCGACUCUCAGAAAGAUGUAUACAAGCCAGUCCGGAAAGUCCCUGCCAAGGGAUCGAAGAAAGGGUGCAUGAAGGGCAAGGGUGGGCCUGAAAACUCGACCUGCCGGUACCGCGGGGUGAGGCAGAGGACGUGGGGGAAGUGGGUGGCUGAGAUUAGGGAGCCCAACCGUGGGAGCAGGCUGUGGCUGGGAACGUUCCCGACUGCUACCGAGGCUGCUGUCGCUUACGACCAGGCUGCCCGGGCCAUGUACGGCCCCUUGGCAAGGCUUAACUUCCCGAGCGCCACUGCAACGACUGGCAGCUCGCUGGAAUCCUCCUCCUCGGCUACAGCAACAGCCUCUUCAAGGCUGAACUUCCCGGGCGCCCCUGUGAUGACAGGCAGUUCGCUGGAGGAGUCCUCCUCGGCUACAGCAACAGCCUCUUCAGUGGAGACACCAAACGAGUCUACCUCGUCUUAUGGGUCCGAGACUACUGCAAUGCAACGAACCGACACAGGUGGAUUUCAUAUCAAGGAGGAAGCAAAGAGCGAGCUGCAGGAGCCGCCAAAUCAGCAGAAUCCAUGGGAUGUCAAUCAGAACUGGGACUUUGAUUGGUUGAACGGUUGCAUAGUCGAUGAGUUUUUCGAGUUGGACGAGCUGCUGCAGACACUGGAGAAUGAUCCUCAGUUCUGAGUACUGAUAUCAAGCUGGAGUAGCAGAUGAUGUUUUUGAAGAUUGGAACGGCAACAAAAACAAGAGAAGAGAUAGGAACGCUGUUCUUGAUCCAGAGUCCUUAAAUCCUUUUAGUCGCUAAGGACUUUGAUAGUUAAUGGAUCCAUGUUUAUAUUGAUAUGUCCUUCUUCCCGUGCCCGCCUGAUGUUGACAAGAUUUUGUUGAUUAAAUGAUCGGAGGUUUAGAAUCAGAUCUUUUGAUUUUUUCUGAUGUAAAAACUGACUAGAUUACUGACGAAGGCUGUAUAGAGAUGCUUUGCUUCUUCCUACUGCUGCUAUUUCGAGUUC